AUGAAGUUCACAAUUGUCGUCCUCGCCACGGCUGCUGCCGUCAAUGCUCAACUCAUCUUUAAUGAGACCACCUCAAGCUUCCAGUGUCUAGGUGAUGCCGCCGGUAAGAGGUUCUGUGCGGGAUCCGGAGGAUCUCUCACCUCGAAUAUCAUCAUCCGCUGCGAUGGCGAACGAGGACAACCAGGAAACUGCAAUGAUAACCUCGCUGGUGUCCCACCAAUUGGUGUCAAAACCUCGGCCCUUUGCUGGCAGUCUUCUGAGACCUCCGGUGAUGCUGACUGCUCCUUCAACGGCAUCGUCUAUGCCAAUGAUGGAACAACUUUCCCAAUUACCACCUCCGCCUCAUCUUCUACCGUCGAGCCUACAUAUGGAGCCUCUUCCUCUUCAUCUGCUGAGCCGACAUACGGUGAACCUACCACUACCACUACCAUCGUUGAGCCAACAUAUGCACCAACCACCAGCGAGACCAGUUCCAUUUAUCCUACCCUUUCUUGGACAAAUACUUCUUCCAUCUACUACCCACCUGGAACUACCCUCACCACGGUCACUGGUACUCACACUGUCACCAGCUGCGACACUACCACCACUGUCCCAGUCCCCCCAACCAGCUAUGCUCCACCACCAACCAACACUACUUCCAGCUACACCACUGGUCUCCCAGUGCCAACUCAAUCUCCAAGCGGUGCCGGUGCUCUCCUUGCUAAGGAUAGCCUCGUCCUUGGUGUCGUCGCCUUGAUCGGAUUCAUGUUUUUGUAA